AUGGAAAUGAAAAUGAUAGAUGCUACAAGUGGAAGAGCACUAGUCAACAUGACGCCUCAAAGAGCGAGAGAAUUGAUUUCAACCAUGGUUGCCAACUCUCAACAAUUCCGACCGAUUACAGAACCCACGAGACAGGUUCAUGGGUUAAAUUCUCUAUCUGUAGAAGAUAAAAUUGACAAGUUUACUAACGUUGUUCAAAAUUUACUUUCAGAUAAAAUAAACCCAACACAGUUAUGCGAAAUUUGCGCCAAGCCAGACCACCCGACGGACUCAUGUCCAAUUUUACAAGAAGAUUUGGUAGAACAAGCGAAUGCUGUCGGGAACUUCCUAAGACCACCCCAAAGACUGUAUGACCCCUACUCGAACUUGUAUAAUGUGGGGUGGAAGGAUCACCCGAAUCUCAGCGAUGGGACAAAUCUGCGGUUCAAUCAACCGUUCCAACAAAGGCCGCCGCAGAAUCAACAGAUACCACCCCCGAAGUCAUCUUUGGAGGCCAUAGUGGAAAGGUUAGCCAACAGUACUGAGAAGUUCCAACAAAAAACUGACAUGCAUUUGCAGGAGUUGGACAAGCAAGUAAGCAAACUCGCGCUCACGGUUAGCCGUUUAGAGUCCCAAGGUAAGUUGUCAUCCCAGACUAAGCCAAAUUCACGACACAAUGUAAGCGCUAUGACGCUAAAGAGUGGGAAGGUUUUGGAGCCCGUACAUGACACAAGUCGCGCCACGACGCUAGUCAAGAUAGGGAGAAACUUGGCACAGAGGCUCCAGUGGAGUCGGCACCACAAAAUUCAUUUGCAGUACCACCUCCGUUUCCCGGAUGACUUGUCCAAUAUCCCACAAUACGCGAAGUUCCUGAAAGACUUAUGUACGAGUAAAAGGAAACUUUUGGGAAAUGAAAAGGUAAAUGUCGAAGAAAAUGUCUCCGCCGUUCUGCAACGAAAAAUACUGCCCAAAUAUAAGGACCAAGGCGUGAUAAUCCAGCUUGCAGAUAGAUCUGUGGUGCAUCCGGAGGGAGUAUUAGAGGACGUUUUUGUCAAGGUAAAUGAGCUAAUAUUUCUUGUGGACUUCUACAUGAUCGACAUGGAGGAUGACAAUUAG